CGGAAAAUGUGUGCGACAAUUUUAAAAACAAUAUUUUUAAUUUUAUAUUUUUCAUAUAAAAUUGAAGGAUUUUCCGAACUUUCAUUUAUGGCAUCACUUGAUUGGAAUGGAAUACAAUAUUGUGGUGGUACAGUUAUAUCAGCAGAAUGGGUGCUAACGGCAGCUCACUGUUUAUACCAUAUGCCUGCAUCUGAAAUAAAAGUUCGUAUUGGUUCCAAAUAUUCAAAUAAGGGUGGUAUGUUCGUUGACGUUUCAGAGACACGCAUCUAUGAUGAUCCUUACGUUAAAUCAUAUUUUGAUGAUGUUGGAUUAAUAAAACUAAGUAGACCUGUAGAAGUUGAAUAUAUCAAAUUACCAGAAGUUGGUGAUUAUCCAAAAAAUGCAUCACUAAUUAAAGUUUAUGGAUAUGGAAAAAUUAAUGAAGGCAAUGAUUAUAAUUCUGAACUGUUAAUGAUUGAAAUUCCAGUAGUAACAAUAGAAGAAUGUCGCCGUUCUUAUGGUGAGCAAUAUGUUACUGAUAAUAUGUUUUGUGCAUAUGCUGAAGAAAAAGAUGCAUGCCAAGGUGAUGCUGGCGGACCGGCAAUAAUCGAUAAUAUUCAAUAUGGCAUUAUUUCGUGGGGAUUAGGUUGUGCUAGAUACACUUUUCCUGGGGUUUAUACAUUAAUAUCUAACUCAUGGAUACGCAGUUGGAUUUAUCGUAUUACAGGAGCUUAAAACCCUACAACUUUGCUUUUAAUUUACUAAUUUAAAGUUUAUUUUUUCUUUUAUUUGUAAAUUAUUAAUUACGAGAAUUUACCUUAACCAAUAAACUAGAGUUUACGU